UUUAGCGGGGAGGUGGAGAUCAUGCUUUGUCAUUGAGGAGCUCAGCAGCAGCAGCAGCAGCAGCAGCAGCAGCAGCAUUCUUCCACUCCGGCACGUCCGACGCUCAGCAUGCUGCAUCCUGAUGCGCUCCCGUCUGCACGCCGUGCGUUCACCUGGAUGCGCAGCGCUUCUCCAUGACCGUCGGACCGAAGCGGCCACGUCUUGUUGACGCAUCUCAAUGUUCGCACCGGCGGAGCGACGCACGUCCCAAGUGUCAAAUAAGAAACGACCUGUCCUGCGGAUGCGCCGUCACCGUUUCGCCCCCGGCGGCACCCCGAGUGCACGAGCUCCAUGAUUUGUCCCUCCGUCCUCGCGGGCUGUCCUUAGAGCGCACUUGUCCCCCGUCCGCACGAUGGAGAGGUUCCAGUCUUCCAUGCGCAAACGGCUGUACAGCUUGCCGCAAAACAUUGGGCAAAAGGCGUUCGUGACUGACGAAGGAGACGGCGGCGGCAAGGACGCCAAGAGGAAAAGUAUCCGGCUAAAACAUUUGUCCUCUCCGUCUCCUGCCGGCAGCUGCAGGAGCAUCGAGGAGGCCCGGAGCGAGCACUUUGAGAGGGACGUGGUCGUGAAGACCAACUUGAAUGGGGACUGUCGCUUGUUCCGGGGCAGCAUGUCGUCCAUCGCCGGGCGGCACCCCCCCGGGUCCGACGCGGCGGAGCAGCGGCGCCUCAUCCCCGAGGCUGACGCCGGAGUGGGCGAGAGUUUCCCCGGCGAGCGCGGCCCCGGGGCCGGCCAGUGCGCAGCGGGGGGUCCGAGCGGCGCGGGCGACCGGGCGUCCGCGCUCGACCCGGCAACUUUCAUCAAGUUGGAGGGCGCCGAGCAAAUCACAGCCGAGGACGAGCGGCUGUACCAAGCCGGGUUCAUGCACCGGCAGUUCGGGGCGAUGCUCCAGCCCGGUGUCAACAAGUUCUCCCUGCGGAUGCUGGGGAGCGAGCGGGCCGUGGAGCACGAGAGGGAGCGGGUGAAGUCCGCCGGCUUCUGGAUAAUCCACCCGUACAGUGAUUUUAGGUUCUACUGGGAUCUGACCAUGCUGCUGCUGAUGGUUGGAAACCUCAUCAUCAUCCCCGUGGGCAUCACCUUCUUCAAGGACGAGCACACACCGCCAUGGAUCGUCUUCAACGUGGUGUCCGACACCUUCUUCCUCAUGGACCUGGUCCUCAACUUCCGCACGGGCAUCGUCAAGGAGGACAACACGGAGAUCAUCCUGGACCCACAGCAGAUCAAGAUCAAGUACCUGAAGAGCUGGUUCGUGGUGGACUUCAUCUCGUCCAUACCCGUGGACUACAUCUUUCUCAUCGUGGAAACUCGCAUCGAUUCAGACUUUUACAAGACGGCCCGGGCCCUCAGGAUCGUCCGGUUCACCAAGAUCCUCAGUCUGCUGCGGCUGCUGCGCCUCUCCAGACUCAUUCGCUACAUCCACCAGUGGGAAGAGGUUUUCCAUAUGACCUAUGAUCUGGCCAGUGCCAUGGUGCGUAUCAUGAACCUGAUUGGUAUGAUGCUGCUGCUGUGUCACUGGGAUGGCUGUCUGCAGUUCCUGGUACCCAUGCUGCAGGACUUCCCUCCUGACUGCUGGGUCACCAGAAACAAGAUGGUGAAUGACACGUGGGGUCAGCAAUACUCCUACGCCCUGUUCAAGGCCAUGAGUCACAUGCUGUGUAUCGGGUACGGUCUGUAUCCCCCUAUCGGGAUGGCUGAUGUGUGGCUCACUAUCCUCAGCAUGAUCGUGGGGGCCACCUGCUUUGCCAUGUUUGUGGGACAUGCAACUGCACUCAUUCAGUCUCUGGACUCCUCCAGGAGGCAGUACCAAGAAAAGUAUAAACAAGUGGAGCAGUACAUGUCCUUCCACAAGCUCCCGGCCGACAUGCGUCAGAGGAUCCAUGACUACUACGAGCACCGUUACCAGGGCAAGAUGUUUGAUGAAGAAAGCAUUUUGGAGGAGCUGAAUGAGCCACUGCGAGAGGAGAUCAUCAACUUCAACUGUCGUAAACUGGUGGCCUCCAUGCCGCUGUUCGCCAAUGCUGAUCCAAACUUCGUCACCUCCAUGCUGACCAAACUGCGCUUCGAGGUCUUCCAGCCAGGCGACUACAUCAUCAGAGAGGGAACCAUCGGCAAGAAGAUGUACUUCAUCCAGCACGGCGUUGUCAGUGUCAUAACCAAGAGCAGCAAAGACACCAAGCUGUCUGAUGGUUCUUAUUUUGGAGAGAUCUGCCUGUUGACCCGAGGCAGGAGGACGGCCAGUGUGCGAGCAGAUAACUACUGCCGCCUCUACUCUCUGUCAGUGGACAACUUCAACGAGGUGCUGGAGGAGUAUCCCAUGAUGAGGAGGGCCUUCGAGACCGUGGCUCUCGACCGUCUGGACCGCAUCGGUAAGAGGAACUCUGUUCUUCAGCAUAAAGUCCAGCAUCACCACAGUUCGGGUACAUUAAAUCUCCAGGAGAAUGAGAUCAUCCAAAGAAUAGUGCAACAUGACCGUGACAUGGCCCAAUGCACACAGCUGCUCCAGACCAACACCGCACAGAGUCUGAACCCUCUCCCUGCUCCCCCUUCCCCCACCCCCGUCAUCUGGGCCCCGUUGGUUCAGGCCCCGCUUCAGGCUGCUGCAACCACCACACCUCUGGCUCUGGCCUUAGCCCACCACCCCCAGCUUCCUCCCAUCCUCUUCCACCACCAUCUGGCACCGGGCUUUGGUUCUGUGAAGGACCCCACCGGUCAUCCAAAGAGAGUCCAUGUUGGAGUGAACACCUCCAGCAGCUGUGGUUCAGGGCCCUGUUCUCCUGUGAGCCCCAACAAGUUCCGCUCCGGGGUUGAGACCCCCACACUGGCGUCCCUCAGGGCAAAGUAUCUCUCCCCGGGGCCAGUGUCACCCACACUGAUGACCCAGCCUGUCUUCACCAGCAGCAUGCAGCCCCUGACCCCUCUGCCCAUGCACCAACCCCUGCAGCAUCCUCCCCACUCCGGCAUAGCCUCGGUCUUCCCCGUCAGCCAGGCCACCGUCUCCUACACCUGCUCCGCUCAGCUCCACUCCCAGCCCUUCCACGGUGCCAUGACCACUCCACCCCACCCAAUAGGUUCACUCCAGCAGGGGGCACCAGGGAGGCUUGCGGGGAGAUUCCCUGCCCCCUCUGCCUCCACCAUAGGCCCGUUGAUCUACAGCUCAGUCGACCCCAUACUAAGCCACCUGCAGCAAAUGAGGUCCAGUCAUGACAGAGUGGGUAGGACACCCAGUGGUCUGAACCUCCCAAGUUUUCCCUUCAUCACCAGCACCCAUUCCUCCGGUGGGUUUAUGCAGCCAGUGUCUUCAGUCGGAGCUGGAGUUGCUGCCUCUCUGGCCCAGCACAGCCUGGCAGGCCUCCAGUCGGUUUUCCUCCCCCAGGUUUUUCCUGAGCACUCGGCCCUCGCCUCCCUGGCGCAGUAUGGCUCCGCGGAGGCCUCGCCCUGCUACACCCCCCCUGUCCAAAGUCCCAGCAUACAAAGCCCUGUGAGGGGAAGGACAGUUUACCACAGUGAGCUCCCCAGCACCAUGGGCUCUCACAGCCCUCUUACCCCUAAGGCCUCAUGCCCUGCCAGGGUGGAUGGCACCCAAAAUGAGAGGGCAGAGUCCUUGGUGAACCUCUUUACCCAGGAAAUAAAGACUAUCUCAGGCUCUUGCAGCUCUAUACACCAGGAAAGGCCUUUGGCCAUGAGCGGCUCCUCGGAGGGGGCAGUUGGGGCAUCGAGCCCCUUCUUCUCCCCCAUGGCUGUCAGUAUACCCUACAGUCCCAUCCCUGGUCAAGCCACUCCUGUCAUUCGGACUCAUUCAGGGCCCGAACAUCAGCAGCAGUCUGCCGGUGUUCACUCUCCCCACGUAAGAUCUCCCGCUAAGAUGAUAGAGACCGAACACAAACAGACCAAACUUCCCUCCAACUUGUGAGGUUCAGACACACCCUCCUUUAAUGCCUGAACAGAAGGGAGACCAUCCCGUCCCUGGCAUUGUUUUAACCACACACUUUGAAGUGGGAGGGUGUGUUAUCCCAAUCAGACUGAAGAACACUGGUUUGAUUUUUAAUCAGAGUGAAUGGUUCAUGGAUAAUGAUGGAAAAUUACAUUUAUUUUCUCUAAAUAAUAAAUGAAAGAUAUAUAUAUAGAGAGAGCACCUCAAGAAAAUAUCAAUUGUUGUAUUAUAUUAUAACCUCACUCUGAUUUGAAGUAUUUGUUUUAAACCCCAUUUUCCAGGCAAUUUUGUGUAACCUUUUAGUGAUAUUUAUUUAGUUUGAAAUUUGUCCACAACUGUAUCCAGUUAUGAUUGAAACCAAAACCUUUUGUCCUUUUUUGUAUACUUUCCCACUACUGAGCAUAACGUGCGAAUGCAAGGUCACCCCUUUAGAGAUUUGAGGAGAGACGGACAGUGCGCUUUGCUUGUUUCAGAGAUCGCCUAAUGUAAAGGUUCUACGACGGCAUGUCUUCCAAGAUAGCGUUUCAGCAAUAUUGCACACCCAAACGGGUCGCACACCAAUCAGAUCACGUUCAAACACACUGAAGAAAUGAAUGUAAUGUGAUGUAAUGUUGUGGCUGUUAGAGCGGGACAAGUGGCGGUAGUUUUGAAUGUGUUGAACAUGAAGGCAAUGAUUUUUAUUUUAUUUAUAUAAUGAGUCGUUUCGGAGACAACGCACACAUUUCCAUUUUGUCCCUCCACAGCUCCAGCGGCACGUGACGAGUCGCACAAAUGCAUGCCAACUCAUUUCGAUCUGACAAUAACUUUGGUACACACACCUGAGCCAAUGUUUUUGUGCCACUAGCAUAGUAUGCAAUAAUCUGUGUUUUUUAUGGGAAUACAAAGGUUACUGUGAAUUGAAGCGCUAGAGUGAGAUUCAGUUUCAAUCAAGCAAUUGUGGAUAAUCAAACAUCCUGGAACCAGCGAUGCACUAAGAUUGAUCUGAAUGUUUUGCACCAGUCAAAGGGCUAAAUGCAGUUACUUGGGCAAAUGGUUAAUUGAGAAACCCUUAUGGGUCAUUCUGCUGCAUAUUUACCUCUUUCAUUGUACAGUGUUUGUUUGUAAAAAUUUGACGUCUGUUGAACUAUUGCUGCUUUGAGAUGCUAUGCUGAAUCAAUAAGACAUAUAUCACCGACUUUUUUUCUAAAUCGGACUCUUGGAUCCUUUUACUUGUUAAUAAGUUCAUGUGUUUAGAUCAUACUUCUCUCUCUCUCUCUCUCUCUGGACCCUCGGCCAGCGAUGAACUAUAAGCAGCUAGCCGAUCAGCGGGUCAGAAAACUGGAGGAUCGUGAGCAAGCCCGUGGCUUUGGGUGCCUGGUUACUGACCCAGAGGUUUGCUGUGACUCUGACCCCCCCUUGGGAGGAGAGAUACUAUCAGUCACUAGCCGGUCACUGCCAAUGUGCUCGAGAAAACCCCUCAUUACUAUUCUCUUCCAGCCCCGCACCACCACACGACCUGCUGUGGACAUCAGCUCCGAUGGUGUCUAAGGCUGAAAGGGCAUUUGACACGGAUGUGUGUGUAGGAGAGGAACUGUCGUCAUCCAUUUAUUAAAUAUUUAUUUGUCAUUUUGCUGCCUUUUAACCACCAAAUCUGAUGAUUCCAUCACCCUCGUGUGUUAGGCACAUGUUAUUUUAGCUACUGAAUUCAAUGCAAUAAAAUAACAUAUGGUCAACGGUGCUCGUCCGAGCUGUCGAUUUUCUUUUCCAGAGCGGAGCGUGGCAUCGAGGAGAAUCUGUAUAAAAAUGCUGGCGAACUUUCCGACUUUAAACCGGAUUAUGAAUUGAGAACUGCAUGGUGUUGUUUGGUACCAUCAUUCAAAAUAGGCAGGAUUAUAAUUUGUCAUAUAUUUGUGUCGUCCAUUCCAAAGAAAAUGAUUUGUUCUGUUCAUGGGGAAAUAACUGCUGGAUUAGUUUGUAAAUAUAGAUAUUUACUUCAGCACUAUUGUAAUGUGUGAUUAAAAUAAGCAUUUUCUUUUUUUUUUCUUUUUUUAAGCUUCAAAGGUCGAUUCAAACCAGACAAAACUUGUAUUGUACAUAAUAUGUCAUCCAGGAUAAAUAGUGUGGAGACCC